AUGGCGGGUCGCACCAUAGGUGAGUCUGGCGACUUGGAUCGCCCGAUUUCGCGUGUCGCAAGCCUCGUCUGCUCCCAGGAUGGACAGUCCCAGGAAAACAACCAUGGCGCCCUGCCUACGGAGCUGCCCAAGGUAUCCUUUGAGGAGUUGGCCGUUCGUUAUCGUCAAAAUCAUCAUAAUCAGAGCCGUCGGAAGAGUUUGGAGCACCGUCUCCAUGCCCUUAAGGUUUCAAUGGGGAUUUCGGCGCGCUUCGUCCGCGUCAGUUCAAUCGUCCAACGAGGCUUGGUCGACCGCCUUAAACACGAUGAUAAGCCCAAUUUUGUUGCUCUCUAUCAUACCCUGGUAGACCUCCAGGAAUCAUGCGAUUCCGCUUUCCGGCGCAACUUUCACCGGCAGGAUCCGUUGGAAGAAUGGUCGCCCAUCCGCGAGUCCCCCGUGGACCGUUCCCCGGACUUUUUCCUUCAGUUGAGUCCCCAAUCUAGGUCCGAUCUUUUGGAAAUUCUACAUUUGGCCCGUACCGAUCCUCAAUUCAUCUUGGAGAGGAUCAGAGCCUUGACUCCUGGCCAACUGACGGCCUUGGUAUCAUCUGCGGGCGCUGCAAGCGAUCCCAGUGAGAUGUCAUUCCCACCACCUGCAUCCCGUUCCCGGACUCAUGCCUCCUUUUCAAAGCGCUCUUCUGCCUCUUCCCUUAAAGAUCGCGCCUUGACUUUUGAGCGUACGGAUGCCCUGUCUACUCUACUGUUCAACGUUUAUGCGUCCCCAUUGGAUUCAGAUGCCCCGGAAGCACAGCUCCGCUUGGAUGUUUGGUCGUCUGUCUUUGCAAAAUUUGUAUCCGAUGGCGGCAUCAAGUACGAUCCCCUACUCGGCCACAUUUUAGGUUCCUGGGCCACAAACAGUGAAUGGAAAGCGAAGCCCAAAUUUGAGCUCUAUCUCAUGGAUAUCCUGCAAACCGGCGCAUUUCUCCUGGAACAUGUAGAAACUCCCCCUGGCAUGAGUUUUGGUACAGAGCCUCCCGACCCCUUGAAGACCGAUGUGGCCGAGGAAUUUUUUGCUUCUGCAGUAGAUGCAUUGUUCCAGCUUUUGGAUGACCCAGAUGGAGGGCUUCCGCAUGCGGUGAUGCAAUUGAGCAGUGCUAUUUUGCAGAAACUCGAACGUCAGGACGGUCGUGACCGUUUCCUUGAGUUCUUGUUUGUCCAGUGGUUCUUUGCAAAAUUCCUCUAUAGCGCACUGACCUACCCUGAGGCACACGGUCUCUUGCUUGACUUCCAUAUCAGAAAAGAUGCUAGAGAGAAGCUCCUCGGACAGGUCGGACUCCGUGCCUACUCGCAAGUCUUUGCCGUCCUUCAUUCCAUGAACCACUAUUCUAUGGCUCGUCCCACGGUGAGAAGGCACGUUGAGAGCAUGCUUUGCCGGUUCGACCAUGCCGACCCUCGCAGGAACGUCUUCGGAAUACAAACCUCUUCCCGCGCGACAGCUAUCAGCAGCCGGCAAUCGCCUGCUGCAUUCUUGAUGCUCUCCGCUGCUGACAUCUUAACCCUGCUGAAUGCUCUAUUCCCUAGGACAACCGCUUCUACAUGCAAUUCCCCGCUCUCGUCUUCCGGGAUGCCUUCCUCCCCUGCUGGUUCUUUGGCCGCUCGGUCAGAUCGCUCUAUAGCGUCUAUCAUUGAGCCAGGAUUUUUCCGGCCUCCUUCCGAUAACAUGUCCAUUCACGCCCUCCAGGACCAGAGAUUAUUUGCUUCUGACAUGGCCUUUCUGUCGCUACCGGAGAAUUGCAUGAGUCGCAAUGCUGACAGGAUCCGCUUCGAGUUGUCAGAUCUGAGCGAGCCUGAUGGUCGUACAACUCUGGAACCACCUGCAGCUGAAGAAUGGACCAUCUUCUCCAUGAGCCGAAAUGGAAGAUGCUUGACCUGGGGUCUUUUCCCCGAUAAUGGCCCGUCCAGUUUUCCGGAGCACGAUUCUGUGGACGACGUUCAGUCCACCACCUUGGGAAUUGAAGACAACUCUGAAGCUCUCCAAACAGCCAUUGUGAAACUGAUUCAAGAUAACCCUGCCGAUGAUGCUGCAGAGUAUGGUUUCAUAGAUACUUAUGGCGUAUCCCAAGAAGCCCAUCUAUCCCUAAAGCAAAAGUUCGAUAGGGCCAUGGAACACUGCCAUCAUGACUCUGAUUUCAUCGGGGCCCACUACUGGUGGAAUGCCGGCCGACAGCUUGUCCGCAGCGUUGCAAACUCUCCCUCUCGACGCGUCGACGACUCGUGGAUCCUUGAGCCCAUGCAUGCAUCGUGUGUCCGCUCACUCGCUACCUCACGGGCGGUUAUUGAACGGUGUGAAACUGAUCUCGUUGCCCUCAACAGGCAUGUACAACGAGUGCAGAGAUCCGUAAAGGACUUGAUGGCCACCGUGGCUAAACUUCGAGACAAGAUGUGGUACAUGACUGACGUAAAGCACUCGAUGAGGUACGAAGAUGCCAAACAUGUCGCACUAGCAUUGAAGACUAUGAUCUACUCUGCUCGCCUCUACAGACAAGCACCAAGCGAUGGCCGGUCUCGCAGCAGCAUGAGACCCUUCGGAAACUCCCUUCUUCAGAAACCAGAGUUGCAAGUCAUGAAUAUUAUGAAGGCACCAAGCAGUCAAGGUGGUCCCAACAAGCUGUCGGACGAGCAGGUGGACUUGAUUCGCAAAUGGCUCUCUCACAACAACAUCGACAAUUUCUGCAAAGGUGAGGAGCGAAUCCACCGGUUCUGCUACGAGGUAAAGACAAGCAUCAAUCGACUCGUUGGCGAGACCAUGGCCGAAACCCCGGUGCUGUGGUCCAGCGAACUGUAUCACAAAGAGCGGGCCAUGUACGAGGGCUCCAGUAACCGAAGCUUCCUAAGCCUCUCCUCGAGCAUGCGACCGUUCAAUAUCUCCAGUGAAGACACGCCACAUGCCUCGCCAGUCCACGGGACUACUACUCGUUCAUCAGACACUUCACGGUUUACGCAGGACCUACCUCCGCUGAGCUCCAAGUCCUCUUUCCAGAGUCUGAUGUCCGAUAAGUGGAAAAUCCCUCGGGAGCCUUCGAUCACAGACGCCUCUUCAAUCGGCGGGUCCCCAGGAAGGGCUGCCUCAACUACUACCGGCGAUUCGUUCAGCACAUUCUGGUCAACACCACAACCCGCACACUAUGCACCAAGUGCUUCCAGCCUAUAUUCCCGACCCCCCUCUAUGUUCAGCGAUAACGGUGUCCAGCCGUCACGUCGCAAUGAUCGCAAAACACACAGCAAAGGAGCUUUCUUGGACGGCCUGAAACAGACCCUGACGAGCUUGCUCUUGAGUGACUUAGGCUCCCCGGUGUGGAGCUGUGGAAGUGAGACAGACGCUUGGUUUGGAAACGCACUGGAACAGAAAAGAAUCCGAACCCAGAUGAAGAAACGCGCGCGCAUUCAGCAAUUUUACACCGAGUGUGAUGAGCGAUUCGUUCAUCAUUCUCUCCAGCGCACACCGUCGGACCGUCGGAGAAGCAGAUCGCUGGAGUCUGCAGAUCGAUCAACAACCGGGGAUGCCGAGACACCGUCUGCAUCUGCCGCUGACAACUCUAUGCAGUCAGAUGAAACCCAGCGCUUCUCGUACGGUACUGUCUUUCGACGCCUCAUAGAAGUCUUCUCGCGACAUGGGAACCCAUUUAUCAAGCUGAAGGCGUUGCGGGAUCUGCGGGCGCUUGUUGUUGCAUCUUUGAACUCCGAUAACGAUGAUGCAAGCCCAUUCAGUGCAACUGAGCCGCCCUCCUGCCCGCGAGGUCGUACUCCCGGGCUCCAGAACAAGAGAAGUGCCCGUCAUAGCUUCUCCGAGUCUGAUGCCAAGCGGACUCAUGCCCAGGAAUCCUCUCAUACACCGACGACUCCUGCGGCCGAGUCUGUCAUUUUCGACUCCCGACCCUCUGAUUAUUGUGCACCCACCGAGAAUCAAAUUGUGGAUGCUCUUCGCAGCCUCCUCCUUGAAGUGAAGCCGAAGACUCUUUUCCGUGACUUGCAGUUCAUCUCAGCCUUUGUUCCUUCGGAGACGUUGAACAAGACCGACAGCGGGACUGCAUUUCUACAGUUUGGCUUGGCGGCGCUGAGCCUCAAGGACGAGAUCUGCAAUAGCAUGGUCGAAAUCGCCGAUAACAUUGUAUCUCAAGAAUUCAGUCGGCGCCAUCCGCCUGGCUACGACCAUACAACCCGGCCCGGGCACGCCCUCGAGGAUGCUGCGGGCAUGUGGAUCAUCACUGCCAAGGAAGGCAAUCCAGUUGCCCAGCGGGAACUGGCCAUUCUUUACCUUACCCACCCCGAACUCCUCCCGCGGGUAACCCUACCACUCACACUGCUGCGAGACACAUUCAAGGCUGAAAUGAUGUACCGCCGCGACAAGGAUUCCAAGUCUGACCCGCAGAGCAUGUGCCUGGCACUGCACUGGAUGCAGUUGUCGGCCAAUGGCGGGGACGAACUUGCGCGCAACCGACUUCGGGAGCGGGAGGAGUUCGAGUCUAUUGCAUAA